GAGUUAAGAACCCAUGAAUGUUUCCGUUUGACACAAACAGGAGGACUUGCUUCCAAAUCGUGCACUAAAGAUGAUUGGAGGAAACAUCUCUGUUGCAGUUGAUAUACUGGAGACCAGAACAAAAGCAACUCCUGUCUUGCCACCAACGCGUUCAGUAGAUGGAGAUGGCAGAGGCGAAGGCUAUUUUUGUGUUGUUGUUGCUGGUUUAGGGAUCGGUUUGUGAAGAAGAGGGAGAAGAGAAGGGGAAAGGGAAAUGCAGGAGAGGGGGAUAACUCUUUUCUCCGAAAAAAAUGGAGUGAAGAAAGGAAUUAUGAUCAGUAAGGAUAUGGUUAUCUUACAUAACGAUCUCUAUUCUGUUUGAAUUGAGCUUGGG